AUGGUGGGUAGUUCCUCGCUGAGCACGGCGGUGCGUCACUGACCGUGCUCGGAGCACAGGCAAACACGAGCCCAGAAGAUGGACUGAAGAGCGAGCCACCGUGCCAUCCCCAAGCAUGUGCAAUUCAAGGUGGGCGUCCAAUCCUGCAAGCAUGGGAAAGCGAUGGUCGCCUUCCUUCUGACACGCGCCUAGAUUGCAUCCAGAAGAACAACUACAAGGAGGAGAAGUGCCAGAAGCAAGUGCGUGGCCCCCGGUUACCUCUUCGUGACGAGCAUACCUCUACGCCACGAAUAUGUCAUGUGCUGACCACAGCAGAUCGACGCUCUGUACGCGUGCUGCAAUCUGUUCUACCAGCAGAAUGGCGAUGAUGCGUCAACCGUGAGCUGUCCCAAGGCGAAUCUCCUCCGGUAUGCCUCGACUCUCUCUGCCCACCAAGUCCUCUCUGACCAAAUCUUGCACCAGACUCAAGAUGAAGCAGCGAGCCGAGGGUGUGAAAUAG